CCGAGUCUGUCGUUGAUGUCCAUCUCGAACCUCUGCAACUAAGUGUCAUGGUCCUUUCCACGGCUGUUCGGACGUCUUCCCACAAUGGCCCAUUCAGGCUUUUCGACCUGGUCCGCAAGGGACAAUUUUGUUGAUGUUGGUGCCGGUGUCCAAGUUCCAGUCAAGGACCACGCAUGCAGCCGGUGUGGCAGACUCUUCAGGCGAUCAGAGCAUCUUAAUCGUCAUUUGCGAACACACACAAAGGAGAAGCCAUUUCGUUGCCAUUGCGGCGCUCCUUUUGCGCGACAGGAUCUUCUGAAGCGGCACAUUCGGUUGUCGCAUCCGGAGAGAUAUGCUCCGACCACGCAGGCUGCUGUUGAGAGCCGCCGUUCUCGGCAAACCAGCGACGAGCCAAUCGAUACCGCCCAUCGACAGCCUCGUGCUGACGACGACCGUGGUGAAAGCGCGGUUCCGAAUCCCAUUUUCCAGACACCCUUCGCAAUACCAGGCGAACCGCAGCCCACAACUGAACAUGCCAUGGUCGACUCAUCGACUCCGAUGCCAUUCAUGGUAGAUGAAUCGCUGCAUGACCUUGAUUUUGAUGCUCUUCUGAACACUUCUCCCGACGAACAGGCCCAUUUACAACAACUAGCCACCUUCAUGGACAGUAUGGGUCUCUUGACAGACUUUGUCACAUUUGACACGGUGCAAACUCAGCCUUCUGUCGAAGCCGAGCCAGCACCAGUCCCGCCGCACAACGAUUUGGUCGACGACGGAGCGGAUGAUGCAGUGCAUAUCAACCCGCGGAGUCGUCCUAUGUCCCCUUUCCGUUCAUGGCUGCCAUCUCCGCCUCCAAUCGAUCAGCAUUCGAGGCAUGUGACCGACUCUGUCUUUACUGCCCAGCGGCGGUCUCAUCAAACGCCCAUGUCCAAUGUCUCCAGAGAGCAGCGAGCGAGCCUCGAGGCUAAGCUAGCGGAGUUUGAACAUGUCCUUCCGGAUUUUUACCUACCUUCACACCAUAGCCUCACAAGAUACAUGACAUCGUUCUUUGAUGGCUUCCAUAGUCAUCUUCCUUUCGUCCAUAUCCCGACUGCAAUCUUCGAAGACUUCACUCCGGAGGCAAUCCUCGCCUUUGCGUCGACAGGAGCACAAUAUGUGUUCGAGCAUCGGAAUGGCGAUAGACUAUUCCAUGCGGGUAAGACCAUCUUGAUGGAAAGGAUGCGGAGGCACAGAGCAAGCCGUUUCCGCUGUCCUGAUACGUCUCCAGGUUCUGUGAUCGCCCAAGGUAUCGAUUACGGUCAAGCCCGCAGGCUGAAAAGAGUCUCGGCCGUUUUUGGUGCAGACGAGCGUGCAUACCAAGCUCCCGAACGAGGAGACAGGAUAAUGCACCAGUGCUUGGCUGCCGGAGUUGUGCUGAUGGGAUACAGUGCAUGGGAAGGGGUGGCUUUGCUACAUGAAAGUUUCCAGCUCGCCAGCGUAGUGGUGGAAUGCCUACGAGCCAUUGGGACGUCGGCAACCACCGAAGUCGCCUUCGAUGACUGGAAGUUUUGGGCACAAGCCGAAAGCGACAGACGUGCCCAGCUCAUCGCAUUCACAUUUUUGGAAACUCUGAGCAUUGCCUUCAAUGUUCCACCCUACCUCAUGAGUAGUCAAUUGAAUGUGCGGUUACCGUGCACCACUGCCGAAUGGAAGGCCGCCUCCGAGGAGGAGUGGAGGCUUGCCCGUACCGGCGUGACCGCUGAGCAACUGUACUAUCAACCAGCAUUGGCCAUUCUUUUCGACCCCUCAAAGUCGAAUGAUCCGCUAUCGCCAAUGACUACGCCACUCGGAAACUACAUUCUUUUGCACGGACUGCUACAGCGGAUCCUGCUGACAUCGGAAAUCUCAACUCCGAGUGAUGACCAGAUUUCCACCAUGUCUCACAGCGACUUUGACCAGCUAGAGUAUGCGCUUCGGUCAUGGACCGUCGUCUGGCAAAAGACCCCCGAAUCCAGUCUUGAUCCUCGAAACGCCAACGGGCCUAUCCCCUUUACUUCAAGUGCACUGCUCGGCCUUGCAUAUGUGCGCCUGCAUCUUCGCCUUGGACCACACCGCAGCCUGGAGACUAGGGAUAAGCACCGAAUCGCUUCAAGUCUUCUAAGGUCUCCUCCAGUGCGCCGCAGUCACCGUAUCUUACCCGCUAUCUUGUACGCCGUCCACGCGGUGAGUCUCCCAGUCAGAUUGGGAAUCGAGUGCGUGGGAAGAAGUCAAGCUUUCUUCUGGAGCAUUCGCCAUGGGCUCUCCAGCCUUGAAUGUGCAAUCCUGCUUGCGAAAUGGUUGAUCGCUGUGCAUUCUACUCAGUCAACAACGGAAAUUAGUAAGAACGAACGUCGCAUGAUCCGCUGGGUCAAGCAUAUCAUCAAGGAAGCACUUGAAUCGAGCGACAGUGAAGAUCCGACCGAGGAGGACAACCAGUCCUGCGACAAGACCGACUUUGUCAAUGGACUAUCCAUCCGGGACUUGGCUUUGCAAGUGCUUUAUGUCUGGUCAAGAAUGUUCCGAUGCAACGUGCAGUGGCCGUUUCUGAAUGUGAUUGGCCUAAGCCUGCAAGAAUUUGCGCAUAUGCUCGAGGCCGAGUUUGCUUCCUCAGACAACCCGAGCAGUGGUGUAAGCAGAUCGGACUAGAUCGGAGACCCCAGGCAGCGUCGUGUUGCACGGCCACUACCUCACCUAUUCUGCCACCCCGCUAGCCUCUGCCGGAGACAAUGGUCGGCCUUCUAAUCCCUUGGGCGCCGUUGUCUUCGAAGACCAUCAAUCCACUGCUACGAGCAAUAGUCAUCCCUGAGAUAUCGCCACCAAAUUGGAGACUAGAAGCAAUCGAGAAUGAAGAAUUCAUGGUGGCUUCUAUAUCUGCAGGCCCAUCACAGCAAUGAAUCUUCACGGGGCCACACUGCUUACAAGGAAUCCAACACUGUUAGACCUCGCGUCAAUGCAGAUCGCCGUGCCAUUCGCCGCCGUUGACCCAUAACUGUCUCCAAGUCCAUUAACGACAGACCUCGACGAAACACUCUGGACGAA